UUUCUCCCCCUCACUCUCUGCAGCAGCAAACAAAAGAAGAAGAUGGAGAAGUCUCUGUGCGUGCUGCUGGCUGCCGUGAGUUUACUGGGAGGGUUUUCAGCGCUGACAGAAGAUGCAACGACGGAGAAGAGUCUGAAUUUAUUUAACAGCACAUCAGCUACAGCUGAGUCUGUCACCGUGGAGCUGCAGGGAAACGGCACAGAGCCACUGACGACUGCAGCUCAGACUUUAAACUCCAGCACCAGUAUCCCCAGUACUACCAGCACCACCAGUACAACCAGUAUCCCCACUGUUACUGCCAAAGAUGUGGACACCAAUAGGAAUGGGAAGGAAAAAAAGAACAGCAAAGAAGAAGAGGACAAAGAUGACAAGACAGAAGAGAAGAAACCAACCCUGGACUGUCCUCCCCUCGGUCUCGAGUCUCUGCGGGUUGAUGACAAUCAGAUACAAGCGUCGUCUUACCUGAGGGAAGGUCUGGGUCCUCACAGGGGGAGGCUCAAUAUCCAGUCUGGCAUCGAGGACGGGGACCUGCACGACGGAGCGUGGUGUGCCGAGUAUAAAGACCGACACCAGUGGCUGGAGGUGGACGCCAUCCAUCUGACCCUGUUUACCGGAGUCAUCCUGCAGGGACGGAACUCCAUCUGGAGCUGGGACUGGGUCCACACCUACAAAGUCCAGCUGAGUAACGACUCUGUGAACUGGGAAACCUGCAAGAACGGGACAGUAGACGCAGUCUUUGAAGGAAACCAGAAUCCAGAGACUCCAGUGCUUGGUCUGCUCCCUGUCCCCACUGUCGCCCGUUUCAUCCGCAUUAACCCUCAGACCUGGUACGCCAACGGGACCAUCUGCCUGCGGGCGGAGAUCCUCGGCUGUCGUGUUCAUGAUCCAGAUGAUAUUUACUCAUCAGUACAGGAGCCAGGAUCUAGGGACCCCCUGGACUUCAGACACCACAACUACAAAGAAAUGAGAAAGCUCAUGAAGUCUGUGACUGAGGAGUGUCCGGACAUCACCCACGUCUACACCAUCGGGAAGAGCUACACAGGUCUCAAACUGUACGUCAUGGUGAUCUCAGACAACCCCAGGAAGCAUGAACUAGGUGAGCCCGAGUUUCGCUACGUGGCCGGGAUGCACGGGAACGAGGCUCUGGGUCGAGAGCUGGUCCUGAAUCUCAUGCAGUACUUGUGCAAAGAAUACAAGAAGGGGAACCAACGAGUGGUCAGACUGGUGACAGAGACGCGGAUCCACCUCCUGCCCUCCAUGAACCCUGAUGGAUACGAGGUCGCUUAUGAGAAGGGCUCAGAGCUGGCUGGCUGGGCUGAGGGACGGUACAGCUUUGAAGGAAUCGACAUGAAUCAUAACUUUCCAGACCUGAACAACAUCAUGUGGGACGCCCAGGAGAAGGCGGGAGAUACAUCCAAAGUAUCCAACCACUACAUCCCCAUCCCAGAGUACUACACUCAGGAGGACGCUGAUGUUACUCCAGAGACCCGUGCCGUCAUCAGCUGGAUGCAGGACAUCCCCUUCGUGCUCAGUGCCAACCUCCACGGAGGGGAACUGGUGGUGACGUACCCCUUUGACUGCACACGGGACUGGGCCCCUCAAGAAGACACGCCCACUGCCGACAACGCUUUCUUCCGCUGGCUCGCCACCGUCUAUGCCUCCACCAACUUGGUGAUGGCCAACCCAGACCGCCGUAUCUGCCACUACGAGGACUUCCAGAGGCACCACAACAUCAUCAACGGAGGAGCGUGGCACACCGUCCCAGGCAGUAUGAAUGACUUCAGUUACCUGCACACUAACUGCUUCGAGGUGACGGUGGAGCUCUCCUGUGAUAAGUUUCCUCAUGUCAGCGAACUUCCCAUUGAGUGGGAGAACAACAAAGAGUCUCUGCUGGUCUACAUGGAGCAGGUUCACAGAGGGAUUAAAGGUGUGAUCAGGGACAAGCUGACCAAACAAGGAAUAGCAGAUGCCAUGGUGAAGGUGGAGGACCACGACCACGACAUCCGAUCAGCUGCUGAUGGGGACUACUGGCGCCUUCUAAACCCCGGCGAGUACAAAGUAGUGGUCUGGGCCGAAGGUUACUUCCCCUCCAUGCGACGGUGCAGCGUUGGGCUGGAGCCCCAUCCCACCAUCUGCGACUUCACCCUCACCAAGACGCCCAUUCAGAUGCUGAAGGAGAUCCGGGCCAAAGGAGGGAAGAUCCCCCAGGACCUGCAGCUGCGUCUUCGAGCUCUGAGGCUCCGAAAGCUCAGGGCGAGCACCAAGGUCCUCAACCAGCGCCGGGAGAGUCAGCGACUGAAGGAGGGGCAGCGGGUGAGACGAGCUCGAUCCUCCAGAGCCCGACGAGCGUGAGAGACGACAGGACGAAGAGCUGAAGAAGCCUCAGAGAGGAGACGGAGGAGUUCAGUUCAAAGGGAGGAAAUGGCCUUUGGGAAAAGUGACAUGUUCCUGCUGUUAAUUAAGGAGAGGACUCUAUUAAAGGGUCAGCUCAUCUAAUUUAUGUGCUGAUUGCUCUUAAAUUUGAUAAAAGAGCAGCAUAAAUUAGGCGCACUGGGCCUUUACCACAGAAUAAACCAUGACAGUAACACAAGCUCUUACAGAAGAUGACAGCCACUUAAAAAAAACAUUUAAAUUCAGUUUGUCUUUUACAGAACAAGGACAAAAACUGAGCCACAGAUCAGAAGGUACACGUCUGACAACUUUCUGAAUGACAAUAAGCGAUGGACACUGACAAGUUUAUAGACUUUAUAGACCGAUCCAAUUCAAAUCCCUAUGCUUUAUGUUGUUUUUAACUUCUAGACGACUGAGUUGAAAUGUGAUUGUCAGCUGGUCUGAUAUGUGACAUGUUUUUCUAAAAUUGUCUGUUUUUAUUUGACUUUAGUCCAACAGGACCAUGAAAUAAAAAUAUAAUUAUUA